AUGUCCCAAUACUUUCACCACAACCCUGGAAGGGUUGUGUCUAGCUCACUGUUUGGCACUGCAUCAGAGGCAUUGUAUGCAAGACUGAAGAAGAUUAAGAGGAAGGACGUGGACUGUCAGAAGUUCUUCAGGAAGGUCCUCAAAAGCUCUUUCUUCCAGGUGCUCAUGAUCAGCGCCAUCACCACCAAUGCCGCCUUCAUGGUCUUGGAGACCGAUUACAACAUACAUUAUAGGAUGUUCCAACUCUUCGAGAUCUCCGAGAUUCUCUUUGUCUCCAUCUACACCUGUGAGUUCCUCAUGAAGGUCUAUGUGGACCCCAUUAAAUACUGGAGCGAUGGCUAUAACCUACUGGAUGUGGUCAUUAUCUUUAUCAUCUUGAUACCCUAUACCCUCCGAAAGAUCAAGGGACGACUUUACAAAAACCUCAACAUUGCUGACGGGAUACAGUCUCUGCGAAUCCUGAAGCUUAUCUCCUACAGCAGAGGCAUCAGGACACUCAUCACUGCUGUGGGGCAGACAGUCUACACGGUGGCCUCUGUGCUGACUCUGCUCUUCGUCCUCAUGUACAUCUUCGCUAUCCUGGGAUUCUGCCUGUUUGGCCUUGUGGAGAGGGGCGACCUGAAUAACUGGGGGAACCUGGCUUCAGCUUUCUUCACGCUCUUCAGUCUGGCUACGGUUGAUGGCUGGACAAACUUGCAGGAGCAGCUGGACCAGAGGAAGUUUACUGUUAGCCGGGCCUUCACCAUCCUCUUUAUCCUGCUUGCUUCCUUCAUCUUCCUCAACAUGUUUGUAGGUGUGAUGAUCAUGCACACGGAGGACUCCAUCAAAAAGUUCCAGCGGGAGCUGAUGGUGGAAAGGCACGUGACACUUCUGGAGGAGAAGCAAUUGAUCCUGAGGCGCCAGCAGGAGGAGGUCAACAGGCUGAUAACCACCAAGGUAAAAACCGGAGGCAAGAACUUCACGGAGCUGGUGGAGGAAUUCAAGAAGACCCUACGGCACACGGAUCCCAUGGUCCUGGAUGAUUUUGGUACUAGCCUCCCCUUCGUCAAUAUCUACUUGUCCACUCUGGACAACCAGGACAAUACUCUCAAGAAGCUUCAGGAGCUGUACUAUGAGAUCGUGAAUGUGCUGUGUCUGAUGCUUGAAGACCUGCCCCAGGAGAAGUCGUCCCACAGCUCGGAAUUACUGAUUUAGAGGUAGUGGGGCAUGUGUGACCUCAAAAGCG